CAGUUGACUUGGCGGUUUGGGAUAGGCUGAUCAAGGGCUUGCAAUGGCCGGCGCAUGUUGACCUGUCACAUGUUCCCAGUCGAGUCUCUGAGCUCAAUUUGUGUGUAAAAAUUAUGUGUUGGUAGGAAGUUUAAUGACUCAGCUCAAUUGGUAUGCUAUGCUGUCUAUCUUUUAGACUAGGGUUUAGAGGUUAGGGUUAGGGUUAGGGUUAGGGUAAGGGUUAGGGUUAGGCUAGGGUUAGAGGUAGGGGUUAGGGUUAGGGUUAGAUUUAGGUUCUAGAGGGUUAGGGUUAGGGUGAGGGUAAGGGUAAGGGUUAGUGUCCAUAGGGAGCUAACCGUGGCUAUUUGGAAGAAUUGAAAUUCAUUAAGGAAUACAACACUUCAGAUUGUCUAGAUUCUGGACUCAGUUGAAGGUAGCAAAGCUAUGGUUGGAAGUCAUGAAAUUGAAGUAUAAAAUAUAAGGUUAGUUAUAAAUUGUUAUUGAUAAAGUAUUAUUUCAGAGUCAAAAGUGCACAGUUCCGUCUAGAACUCCUUCCACCCAGGCCUGUCUAGGCCAUGGACUCUGCUAAACUCCCUAACACUGUGACCUAAAAAUUAUUUAGAUUAAAUUGGAAAUAUUUGUGAAUCAUUAUUUAGAAAUUAUUCAUUCAGAGUCAAAAGUGGACGGUUCUUUCUGGAACCUCUUCCACUCAGGCCUGUCUAGGCUUUAGACUCUGCUAAAUUCCCUAACGCUGUGACCUAAAAUUAUUUUAGAAUUAAAUUGGAAAUAUUUAUAAAUUAUUCUUUAUAAAUUAUUAUUCAGAGUCAAAAGUGGAUGGUUCUGUCUGGAACCCCUUCCACCCAGGCCUGUCUAGGCCAUAGACUCUGCUAAACUCCCUAACGCUGUGACCUAAAAUUAUUCUAUAUUAAAUUGCAAAUAUUUAUAAAUUAUUUCAAAAUUAUUUCAAAAUAUAUUAUUUCUUAAUUCAGAUUCAAAAGCUGAUGGUUCUGUCUGGAAGCCCUUCCACUCAGGUCUGUCUAGGCUUUAGACUCUGCUAAACUCCCUAACACUGUGACCUAAAAUUAUUUUAGAUUAAAUUGGAGAUAUUUAUUAAUUGUUAUUUAUGUCUAGGCCAACGACUCUGCUAAACUCCCUUGUUUUAGAUGGAUAAGUUUGGAGUUAAGUGGAGAUUUUUUAUAUAGAUUAUGUAGGACCUAGGGUUCACUGUAAAUUAUUAUUUCAGAGUUAGAAAGUGAGUAGGAAUUGUAGUUUAUUUAGGUAUUGGACUAUUCUAAAGUUGUAAUCCAUGAGUUAAACAAUUCUGAGUUUAAUAAGUGAGGUUUGCUCCCAAAUUGUUGCUUACAGGUGUGAAUCAGAAUGUUGUAUAAAAUUGUGUCAUCCCUUUCUACACUGUUUAAUUUGUUAAAAAGUACAAACAGGAACUGUUAAAGUUACACCUAACAUUGAAUUGAUAUUACAGUAAAACUGAGAGAAAAUUGUGUUGACUUCUGUAUAACAAAGGAAAACUGUAAUUUUGAUUGCACUGGAACCAAAUGUAUUAUAUUUAAAUCGCAAAUUUAAAUAAUAAAGAAAUGGUGAUUUAAAUACACAAAAUUGAAUUAUAAAGUAAAUUAGUAUGAGAAAAAAAGGAGGAAUAAAAAUUGAGUGUAUAGCUGUUCCAAAACAUUUUUUAUUUGUUCAAAAAAGGUACAAUAUACAGGUAGGGGGAAAUUAAUAGGAAAAUAAAAAUAGAACUAAGAAUAAAAAAUAUAAAAUAAAAAAUAAAAACUGGGAUAAAACAUGGAAUGUACAAUGUUUACCAAAUUAGAAAGUGGGAAAUAAGAGAGUGGCAAAAACGAAAAGGUGAAAAAAGGAAACUGUAAAAAACUGGACCCAGGGAUCAAGAGGAUGGAAAUACGAGUUUGGUAAAUGGACAAAUGCUGAAAUGCUAUGUUAGAGUAGAAAUUAAAGUAAACCAUAAAAGGUGCGGGUUUUAUGGACCUUUAUUCAUGCACCAGGAUAAACCAACACUCAAAAUAGAAGACCAGAGGACCAGAUUGUGUUGAGGUAAGUGCUCAAUUAAUUAUUUUGGAAUAUCUUAUUUGUUUGAAAAAUUCUUCAAAUAAACCAUUACAUUGACCCAGCGCUGGUAUUGGACAUUAAAUUUCAGGACACGUCCUCAGUAGUGAACCCCGAAAUCAUCAGAUGUUUCAGCCGUUUUAACACUAGAUAUCCUCUUUCAAGGAAGGCCCCACGGAGUCGAUCAACUUCCGUGUUGUGCCCUGUAGCCAAUUGGAGCUAUUUUAGUCCUAUUUAGUUUUGGUGCUAAGAAGUUUUAGUUGUAUGCUAGUUUGGUAGUUACUAUUCUGUAACUAUUUAGAGUAAUUUUGAGGUGUUUGAGAGGUUUUUUGUAGACUUACCCUAGUGGUCCUAUGUUGUUGUUGUUGUUGAUGUGAGGCGUUUCUUUUCCAGUAGUCUAAAAUCUGUUGGAGGGGGGAAAAGGUUCCAGCUGUCCAGCCGCGGCGGCGGCGGUGUGUCUGAAGUCCGGGCUCCUCAGUGGGGGAAAGAAGAUAGGCGGUCCGCGGGAAGGUUUGCUGGGACUCGGUGCCAUCGGCGGGUCGAAGCUCGGUGGUGGGCAGCUUGGAGUGAAGGAGGUGCGGCGUCUUCUUUCAGGUGGCGGAGCGGCGUCUUCCUCGAGGCGGUGGUCCGUCUUUUUGGUCCAGUGGUCAGGGCUUUGUCUCAAUUAGAGGAACAGGAAUUGCUCUUUAGUGCACAGCACUUAAAAGUGCUAUUAACUAGUGGUGUGUCGGUCUUGAACGAACGGAUCAAAAGAACUAGUUCUUUUUGAUGAACGAAAUGAACUAGUUCUCCCCCCCUAAAUGACCCGUUCAAUCCGUUCAGUUCUUUUGAUUGGCUGAAGAGGGACUGCUUGCCUGUCUUAUCCUAUCGUCGCGCCUCGUUCUGUGUGUGGGUGGGGCUUAGAGAAGCAGCAGCAGUACUACUGAGCUGACUGAAAGACCGGAAUGACCGAGUUGACUUAAAGAACGGGUCAAAUGAACGAAAGACCUAGUUGACUGAAAGAACGGGUCACUUAAGUGGUUGGCAAGAUGGCGGCGCCGUGUGGAGUCCAGCUACUCUAACAGACGACUAACGGAUUGACCCCAGAUACUCAGAGCAUCUACCUGGCUACAACGGUUACAACGAUCGACCAAUACACAGCUGAUCAAAUAAAAUACCCCCGGUCACAUCGAUCACGGCUGGAACGCCGAAAGAGAGACUUACCUGAGAUUUCCACCAUCAGCGGGCCCUCUUCCGGGGCCCUCACCGGAAAGUCUCCUACCGUGUUGUCUGAUCUGCUUCCUCACCGCUGCGGGCUCCAGGACGGAGCCCUGGCGUGUAAGUGUCCUUCUCGGCACAGUCCAAUCCCCGAUCCAGACUGUCCUCUAUUAGAUCCUGCCUGUUGUCGUUGGCUGUCUGCUGGCUGUUGUUUUCUCUGUUUCAGCCAUGGCUCCACACUCCUCUCCACCCGGCUGUGCCAGCUGCGCCUGUCUGGCGGAAAAGAUCCAGGAGCUGGAACAAAGGAUCUCCACACUCUACCAGAUCCAGGAAGCCGAGAAACUCAUGGACACCAUCGUCUUCAGAACAUCACAUCCAGACUCCACCGGCUCGUCGGAUCCGGACCCCGCCGCUCCCAACACCUCUCCCCCGGCUGCUGCGACCACCUCUCCUCCGCCUCCUCAUCCAUCCUUCUUCCCCGAGGUCUCCUCGACAAAGCUGGGAGCAAAACCCAAGGCUAAUCCAGAGCCUCCAGCUAGCUCCACUCCAUCCCUGCAGGAGCGCUGGUCCCACAUCACCGCCCGCACCAGGAAAACAAAGUUCCCACCUCAGGCUCCCCUCUUCCAACUCCACCUGGAGAACAGGUUUGACACCCUGGACCUCCAUGACUCCCACCCGCCGCCCGCGGGAUCCCAGCCGAUGUCCACCCGGCUAUCUCAUGGGUCCUCUGGUCCUCCGCCUCCCGUGCCCGACCAUCCGCAAGCCAGGUCCCUCCGGCGGCGCUCGAUGCCGUGCUUCACACCGGCACCACUGCUGGCCCGUGUCCCUUCCCUCUCGCCUCAGUUGUCCUCCCCGGCGAGUUCCCCCCCUCCCCAUUCCUCUCUGGUCACGCAGUCUCCACGUCCACUUUUCCCUCCAACGACUUUAAUUGUGGGCGACUCCAUCGUGAGAAACAUCCGCUUUUUUAACGCUCUCACGCGGUGUUUCCCCGGUGCGAGGGUCCUUGACAUUUUAACACUCCUCCCCACUCUGUUAAAAUCUCUGCCAACUUCCAUCCAGAGAAUUAUAAUUCAUGUUGGCACCAAUGACACGUCCCUCCACCAGACCAAUCUGCCUCCAAAGCCCAUAGCUUUGCCUUUGUGGACAAUUUUAAUCUUUUUUGGAACCGUUCGUGCCUUCUUAAAUCGGAUGGUAUCCACCCGAACACCGCAGGUAGCCGCAUGUUAGCGGCUAACCUGCAGCACACUGUUCACUGUUUCCCAUGUGAUUGACUAUUUACUUCCCCCCCACACACACACCCCUCUCCCUCUGUUGUGCACCCACUGCUGACAGGUCCUCCCCAGAGCUCCCCCUGCUGGCAAAUUCUGUCACCGACUCCCUCUGCCACAGGUUUUCAUGACAUUUUUUUCCCCACUCCUUAAUAAUUACAGUAGUAUCCAACUUCUCACUAUUCCUGUCCAUAUCACCAACAGACACCACUCUAAUAGAUACACCACCCGGACUGUCAAUCACUCUGUUUUAACAAGCCCAUCCAUACUGGCUCCCAUCCUCACCAAACAUGACAAUACCUCUGUCAGCUUCGGACUCCUCAACAUCCGCUCACUCACCAACAAGGGACACAUCAUCCACGAUCUCCUCACUGACCGCAAGCUGGACUUCCUCUGCAUCACUGAAACAUGGCAACAACCAAAUGACUUCUCAUCACUCAACGACUCCACUCCCCCGGACUACACCUACCUCUCCCACCCCCGCAGCCACGGCCGUGGUGGAGGUAUCGCCGUCAUCCACCACAAAAAGUGGAAAGUUCUACCGCUGUCCUUGCCUCUUUUCUCCUCACACGAACUUCUGGCAAUUACACUCCCUGGACCCACUCCCACCAUCAUCGCCACCAUCUACCGCCCCCCCAAGCCUCACUCUGACUUCUUAAAUGACUUUUCGGUUCUACUCACCCAUCUAUGCACACUCUCACCAAACAUAAUAAUACUGGGGGACUUCAAUAUCCAUAUUGACAACACCAACCUCCCCCUCACCAGAGACUUCUCAUCCUGCCUGGACAGUUUUGGACUCCAUCAAUUCAUCAACUUCCCGACACACACUAAAGGACACACUCUGGAUUUACUCUGCUGCUCUGGCCUCAUCCCAUCCAACUGCACAGCUGAUGAUCUCCACGUAAGUGACCACCUCCUCAUCUCCUUCAGUAUUCCGCUCUCCCUCUCUAGAGUUUAUUCAACACGCCUCAUUACAUUCCGCAACCUUAAGAACAUAAACAUUGACACUCUGCGCUCUAAGAUUAUGAAUAUUGUGAUCCCGGACUGUUACACUACCCCUGAUGACAUAACAUCUCAUUACAACACCUGUUUAAAUAGCAUCCUCAAUUCCCUCGCUCCACUCAAAACACGCUCUGUUUCCUUCUCCACAACUGCACCCUGGUACAUCCCCCACCUCCGCUCCAUGAAAACCAAAGGCCGCCAACUGGAAAGACUUUACAAGAAAACUGGACUCUCCAUUCACAAAGAAAUGUACAUUAACCACAUACGCUGCUACAAGGACUCAAUUUCUCAUGCAAAAACAGACCACUACUCCGCCCAGAUCAUCUCCAACAAAGGAAACACCAGAUCACUAUUCACUCUCCUCAACAAAUCUCUCCAGCCACCGGACUCCCUCCCUCCCCACCUGUAUUCAACCGACACCUGCAACACCCUAAUGCAGUUUUUUAAUGACAAAAUCUCCAACAUCCAUAAACAACUACACUCAGGUUCUCUUCCCCCUGGACCCCCUCCAAACUCACCUACUCCCCUGCCACACCACCAGCCCUUCUCCAGUUUUCUUCUCCCCAAUGACUCUGAAAUCUAUGAUCUCAUCCAGAAAUCCAAACCCUCAACCUGUCAGCUGGAUCCCCUUCCCACCACACUGCUCAAAUCAUGCCUCCCAUCUGUGCUCCCUCUCAUAUCUGCCAUCAUUCACUCCUCACUCACCACUGGAACUGUUCCCGCAUCCCUCAAGACAGCAGCCAUCACCCCUAUCCUUAAAAAACCUGGCUCUGACCCCAAUAACUUCAACAACCUCCGCCCCAUCUCAAAUCUACCGUUUAUGGCCAAAAUAAUGGAAAAGGUCGUCGCCAGCCAACUUCACACCCACCCAACCCAGAACUCCCUCUACGACCCCUUCCAAUCUGGUUUCCGCCCCCGCCACAGCACCGAAACCGCACUGCUAAAAAUUACUAACGACCUUCUCACUGCAUCUGACUCCGGUUCACUUUCCAUCCUCAUUCUCCUCGACCUUAGUGCAGCCUUCGACACUAUCUCCCAUCCCAUCCUCCUUCGUAGACUCUCCUCCAUCGGCAUCACCCACACUCCCCUCCGCUGGUUUCACUCUUACCUCUCAGACCGCACACAGUUCAUCCAGCUCAAAUCAUUCAAGUCCGACCCCUCCCCAGUCAGUUCAGGUGUGCCCCAGGGCUCUGUCCUGGGGCCCCUGCUGUUCAUCAUCUACCUCCUCCCCCUUGGUUCCAUCUUCCAUAAAUUCAACAUUCAAUACCACUGCUACGCUGACGACACCCAGCUCUACCUCUCCAGCUCACCAAACUCCACCCUCCCACCCACCUCCCUCAUCACCUGCCUAUCUGAAAUUAAAUCCUGGUUCACCUCCAACUUUCUCCAAUUAAACAGUCAGAAAACAGAAAUUCUUCUUGUAGGUUCCAAAUCCACCCUAUCCAAAGUUGACAGUCUCUCCCUUCCCAUCGACAGUUCCUCAGUUUCCCCCUCACCUCAGGUCAAGAGUCUGGGUGUCGUCCUUGACAGUUCUCUUUCUUUUAAAUCCCGCAUCAGCCUUCCCACUCGCACUGCCUAUUUCCACCUCCGCCACAUCAAUCGUCUCCGCCCCUCCCUCUCCCCCAACACCACCUCCAUCCUCGUCCACAGUCUCGUCACCUCCCGUCUGGAUUACUGCAACUCCCUCCUCUUCGGUCUCCCUUACACGUCUCUCCAUAAACUUCAACUGGUCCACAACUCCGCUGCCCGUAUCAUCACCAAAACCCCUUCGUCCCACCACAUCACCCCCAUCCUUCAGCAGCUUCACUGGCUCCCGGUCCCUCUACGAAUCCAGUUCAAAAUCCUCCUGUAUACCUUCAAAGCCAUCCACAACCUCGCCCCUCCUUACCUAUCUGACCUCCUCCACAUCGCCACUCCAACA